AUGGCGACAGGCUCACAUUUACCAAAUUACAAGCUUGUGUUUCUCGGCGAUCAAUCCGUUGGCAAAACUAGCAUCAUCACUUGCUUCAUGUACGGUAGCUUCGACGCCAAUUAUCAGGCUACUAUUGGAAUUGAUUUUUUGUCCAAAACAAUGCGCCAUGAAGAUAGGACUUUCCGUCUGCAGUUGUGGGACACUGCUGGACAAGAGAGAUUUAAAAGCUUGGUACCAAGUUAUAUCAAAGAAUCCUCUGUUGCUGUAAUUGUCUUUGAUGUUGCAAAUAAGCAAUCGUUUUUGAACACCUCCAAGUGGAUUGAAGAUGUUCGUGCUGAAAGAGGUAGUCAUGUUAUCAUUGUUCUUGUUGGGAACAAAACCGAUCUUGUUAAUAAAAGGCAAGUUUCAAUAGAGGAAGGGGAAAACAAAGCUCGUGAUGUUGGAGCUUUGUUCAUGGAGACUAGUGCAAAAGUUGGAUUCAACAUUAAGCCUCUGUUCUAUAAGAUUGCAUCGGCGUUACAAGGAAUGGAGUCACUUCCUUGGAAGAACCAAGAAGAUUUGGUGGAUGUGAACCUAAAGCCAUCAACCAAAUCAUCUCAGGCAGAUCAACAUCAAGGCACUUGUUCUUGUUAA